AUGACUGGUCUCAUCGCUGAUGCCCGUGCGCAAGUUUCCCGUGCACACAGAGAAGCGGCAGAUUUCCGUUACAAGUUCGGUUACGAGAUCACACCUGACGCGCUUUCACGGCGGUUAGCUAACAUCAACCAAGUGUACACACAACGGGCUGCUAUGCGACCUCUGGGUAUCUCAAUGAUCAUCAUUGGUCUCGAUCCCGAGGCUGGUCCUCAAUGCUUCAAGCUCGAUCCUGCCGGCUACUUCGUCGGCUUCCACGCCACUGCAGCUGGACAAAAGCAGCAGGAAGCAAUGAAUCAUCUCGAGAAGAAGUGGAAAAAGCUUGACUCAGGCCGCGGUGCAGAAGAUGCGGUGAAGGCAGGUCAAACACUUAGCAGAGCAGAGAUGGCGAUCGAGGCACUCUCGACUGUACACGCAACAGACUUCAAGGCCGGCGAAGUCGAAAUUGGUAUUGUGUCCUCAGCUGAGGAAGAGAGCCCAAAGACACGAGGGCAAUGGCGCGCUAUGGACGAGGCCGAGAUCGAGCAGCAUUUGUUGGCAUAUGCAGAGAAGGAUUGA